AUGGCGGGCGCGGGCGGGCGCGGGGCCUCGUCGGCCACCUCGGAGUCCUGCCCGAGCCGCGGCUUCUCCACGCCGGGCGCGGUCGGGCGGGCGGAGCGGACGCCCCGCUACACCCUGGGGCUGCUGCAGACGCCGCACAGCUCGGACAGCACCGGCGGCUCCUCAGGCGGGGGGGCGCGGCCGGGCAGCUCCAGCGGGGAAGGCCUCGCUCCCGGGCGCAGCGGGGCGAAGCCGGCGGUUUCCGAUAGAGGAGAAUCAUAUUUUGGGGACAAAAGUUCUUGUGUAGAAAAUGCUAACACAUUGAAUCUCACAAGUUCUUCUUCUGUGCGAGGCCUGAAUAGCACAUGUAUUGGAAAAACACCCCUCUCUUCCAGUAGAUCUGUUUGCAGAAGCCAUACCCCUCUUAUGGGAUAUUCCGUUACAUCCUCAUCUGCAGUCUCUGCUCAUAGUGUGGCAUCGGUUAUUGUAGCUGUAGUAGAAGGAAGAGGCCUUGCCAGAGGUGAAGUUGGAAUGGCCAGUAUUGACUUAAAAAAUCCUGAGAUGAUAUUAUCACAAUUUGCAGACAAUACAACUUAUGCCAAGGUUAUUACUAAACUCAAGAUUUUAACACCAUUAGAAAUAAUAAUGUCAAACACUGCUUGUGAUGCAGGGAACACAACAAAACUGUUCAGUCUGAUUACAGAGCAUUUCAAGAAUGUGACUUUUACAACUGUCCAAAGAAAAUACUUCAAUGAAACAAAGGGUUUGGAAUACAUAGAACAAUUGUGUGCAUCUGAAUUUAGCACCGUUUUCAUGGAGGUUCAAUCAAAGUAUUACUGUCUUGCAGCUGCUUCAGCUUUGCUAAAAUAUGUUGAAUUUAUUCAAAAUUCCGUUUAUGCUCCUAAAUCACUCAAGGUGCGUUUCCAGGGGAGUGAGAAAACAGCUAUGAUAGAUUCAUCAUCAGCACAAAAUCUUGAACUGAUAAUUAAUAACAGAGAUUCUCGGAAUGCUCACACACUUUUUGGCAUCCUAAAUUACACUAAAACUCCUGGUGGAAGUCGAAGACUUAGGUCCAAUAUCCUGGAACCUCUAGUUGAUGCUGAAACAAUUAACAUGAGACUGGAUUGUGUUCAGGAAUUACUCCAGGAUGAGGAGCUCUUUUUUGGUCUUCAAGCAGUUAUCUCAAAAUUUCUGGAUACAGAACAACUGCUUUCAGUUUUGGUACAAAUUCCAAAGCAGGAUACAGUUAAAACGGCUGAAUCAAAAAUAACCAAUUUAAUCUACCUGAAGCAUACUUUAGAACUUGUGGAGCCUCUGAAAGCUGCUUUAAGAAGCUGUAACACGCAGCUGCUAAAGGCUUAUUACAAUUCUCUUGAAGAUACAAGAUUUGGAAUCAUACUUGAAAAGAUUACAACUGUAAUUAACGAUGAUACAAGAUAUACAAAAGGAUGUCUGAGUAUGAGGACCCAGAAGUGCUAUGCUGUUAAGCCUAACAUCAAUGAAUUUCUUGACGUAGCUCGUAGAACAUACACAGAAAUCGUUGAUGACAUAGCAGGUAUGAUAACGCAACUUGCAGAAAAGUACAACCUACCAAUGAAAACAAGUUUCAGCUCUGCUCGUGGAUUUUUUAUCCAGAUGAAUGCUGAUUGUUCAAUAUUACCCAAUGGCCAGCUUCCCUCAGAAUUUACAAAGAUCACUAAAAUGAAAAAUACAUAUAGCUUCACUUCAGCAGAUUUAAUAAAAAUGAAUGAAAGAUGUCAGGAGUCCCUGAGAGAAAUAUAUCACAUGACCUACUUAAUAGUGUGUAAACUACUGCAUGAGAUCUAUGAACAUAUUCAUUGCCUGUACAAGCUGUCUGACAUUGUGUCUAUGCUGGAUAUGCUGCUUUCGUUUGCCCAUGCCUGCACUCUUUCUGAUUAUGUUCGUCCAGAAUUUACGGAUACUUUAGCAAUCAAGCAGGGAUGGCAUCCCAUUCUUGAAAAGAUAGCUAUGGAAAAACCUGUGGCUAACAACACGUAUCUGACAGAGGGCAACAAUUUUGUCAUUAUUACAGGACCAAAUAUGAGUGGAAAAUCAACAUACCUAAAACAGAUUGCACUCUGCCAAAUUAUGGCACAGAUUGGUUCUUAUGUACCAGCAGAGUAUUGUUCUUUUCGAAUUGCAGAGCAGAUUUUUACCAGAAUAGGUAUGGAUGAUGAUAUAGAAACAAAUGCAUCAACAUUCAUGAAGGAAAUGAAAGAGAUAACAUACAUCAUACAAAAUGCUAAUGAUAAAUCACUCAUCAUAAUUGAUGAACUUGGCAGAGGUACCAGUGCUGAAGAAGGUAUUGGCAUUUGUUAUGCUACCUGUGAAUAUCUGUUGAAUUUAAAGGCAUUUACACUGUUUGCUACACAUUUCCUGGAACUGUGUCAUAUGGAUGCUUUGUAUCCCAAUGUGGAAAAUUACCAUUUUGAAGUGCAACAUGUGAGAAGCAGUGCUGGGAAUAAGGAGAAAAUUGCUUACACUUACACACUUUCUAAAGGAUACACAGAGGAAAAGAACUAUGGACUAAAAGCUGCAGAAGUUUCCUCCCUACCAUCAUCUGUAAUUUUGGAUGCAAAGGAAAUCACAAAUCAUAUUGCAAAACAAAUUUUGCACAGGCAGAAGAGCACUCCUGAGAUGAUGAAACAGAGAGCUGUGUACCAUUUAGCAAUGAGAUUGGUUCAGACUGCCAGAAACUCUCGGUUGGACCCUGACAGUUUGCGUAUAUAUUUGAAAGGCCUGAAGAAAAAGUAUGAAGCCAGUUGCCCUGCACCUGGAAAAAAUGAUGAGCAACAGUAACGUGUGACAAAGGCCAUUGCUCUAAUUUUUACAACUGCAAGAUGAUUCUGGUUUUCCCCCCGUAGUGUUAGAAAACACUUCACAUGGUUUUAAAUUUUUAAUUCUUAGUCUAUAUUAUACUCACUAGUGGAAGACCAUAUCCUUUUUGGGUUUUUUCCGCAAAACAUACUUGGAAUAAAAGCAUUUACUUCUAUGAGGAACACAAUUCUUUUUGACAGUAAAUUAUAUAAUUUUAGUUAUUUCAGAGACCAAAAAAGUUAUAUAAUAUAUAGUGUUUUAUGGAUGAUAAAUCUGUUACUACAGUUUUUACAUCUGAUACAAAAGAUCUUGCCUAAGAAAAAGCACUUUGAAAGAGAUGGUCCACUUGUCCUGCAUGGGCAAGCUCUACUUGCACUGUUGACAUGCAUCCAGAAAUCCUGUUGUUCUCUAGUCAAGGAGGGUUCUAACUCCUGAGUCAUUGUGUGUAAUCUAAUGUAAUAUAGGCAGUCCAGGUCUGCUGCCCCUUGAGAAUUGGGCAACCAGAGCAUUUUUGUAACAGUAACAGUAAAUUACUGUGGUAUUGACACUGUUGAUCAGUUUUUGUUUAGAAAGUGAGUAACAGGAAAUCAAUAAAGUUGAAUAUCA